UGAUAUUAGGCUGAACAUUUGUUGUAUUGUUCCAUCAUAUCACCGAGGCAUUUCUUUGAUGAAGUCGAAGGCUUUAAAUUUCAAGACUUCCAUGUUUUGUUAAUUCAUUGGUUUUGGUUCGUGCUGUUUCCAAACCCAUGUUCAAAGGAUGGCUCUUCUCACGCACCACAUGUCUCCAGUUAAAAAUUUGUGUGGAUCAGUAAAGCUCCACAAUCCAUGGAAAUGGUUGUAACUCCUCCAGAAAUCUGAAAACAUGUCCGGACUAAAGGCUGAAGCUUUUAGUGUUGUUAACAGGUCUGGUUCGGAUUAGGAACUAUUGUAUGUCCUUGUAUUUCAACAGCUGAUCUUAUUUGUUAUAACUUUCUUUUUUCUUUUUGGAAACUUCUUGUACAACUAAAACCAAAUAACACAAACCAUAGUGCCUACUUGCCAUAUAUAACUGUUAUGAUGCCAUUAAAGGGCUGUAGGUCACUGUAGCUCAGAGGCUGAAAUUCUGAAAUUUUGCUCUGAUUCACUGUAAAUUGGACACGAGAUAUUUGAGUGUGGUCCAAACAGCAUGUGGAUGGCAGCCAUUUUGUACCGCAGCCCCAAAACAGUGUGCCACUGAACGGACCAUCAGGUUUGAUGACGAAUCUUAUGUAAUUUUGGGCGGACAUGACUGCAGAUAAUGCUAACUACAAAUAUUAGCUAGCAAACUAUUGCCAAGUAUAAUAAAAGCAACAGUCCAUCAUACAACUUGACAUUUUCCUCAUUGUAGCAUAUGAGGUAAAUUACUCCUGACAUUUUAAAGAAUAAUAAUAUCUGAAAUACAGGCUAGCAUAAAUCCAGCUAGAUUGAUGCUAAGUCAACUGUGACUGGUUAACGAAACAUUCCCGUUUGUAAGGCGUAGGCAAAGGGCGGGGGUGGUUGGGGGGUAGAUAUUUGCACUGCAUGCAUUUUGAAUGUAGGGUGUGUUUAGAACAGAAGGAAGCUUUCUGUGAUGUGUAAUAAGUCAGUGUUUCAGAAGACAGUGUUUUUGGAUGAGAGACAAGUGCCUUACAUAAAAACAAAGCAGUACUGACGGUAAUUAUUGUCAUGUUGCAGUCAUUUGAGCUAACUUUACUCGCCAUUUUCCACUUCUAAGGGACAAAGGGAGGACGAAACAGGGCCCCCGGAGGUGUGACACAGCAAGGCAACUCGCUGCAACAAUGUCCCGCCCUCCUCCGUUUUACUUUCUUUAGAUUCUUUUCUUUUUUUCAGAAGGAAGACGUGACAUUCUGCUUUCUUGUUUUCUGUUGGUUCACACUUCCAAGGAUGGCAUGGAUGAUCUGUAACUGGAGAUGUUUCUUGGGUUAACAUUCACUUAAACGAUGCUCAUAUUGCCUUUUUUUUUUCAUCAGGUAUUUUUUUCAGGUUUGACCUCAUCUCUCCUUGCGUACUAUACAACAGUUAAUUCCACUCCACUGAUAUUAUUGGACAAGCACCGUUCCAAGAACAGAGCGCUGAUUUUUAGUAUAACGGCACUGGUACAUUUCAAUGUUUGUAUCACUCCGCUUAUUUGCAUUUGCUACACAAAUUUUCAGUUCUAGCAAUUGUUCUUUACCCUGAAACCAUCACUACAUUUACUACGAUCUUGCACACGCGAUAUUGCUUAGCUGUAGCUUAACUCUGUAGCGUAUAUGUGUUAGUUGGAAUAAAUGUUUCUUGUAUUGAUUAAAAACAAAAAAAAAAAAUUUCACGUUGUUUAAAUGAUUCAUAUGUUUAUAGUUUGUGGAUCAGCUUAUAUAGAAGAUAAUGCAAGAGAAAUGUUAAGAAUUGUUGUGAGAAAUGUGGCCCGCUCACAGCUGUGGAUCUGGGCACUACACUCUACUGGCCUUUCCGCCUCAGUAGGCAGCACUUUUUUUUCUUGGUUUCAGACACACCCGUGGACUAACAGCUCCAUGUUCUUCUUAUUUGAGGGUGGGAGUAAAGAAAAAAAAAAAACGAAAGCACACAGAAAGAGAGCAGGACUCUCAUGUGCUCAGUGCUCAGUCUCUCUGCAGGCUGUUUGGAGAGUUUCUCGGUCCUCACCAAUAACUACAUCAUUAAUGAAUUACAUCAGCAAUACGGGUCGCAUCACUUCCAGGCAUGGAUGAUCUGUAACUGGAGACAUCAGAGUGGACAUAGAGCCGAUUAAUGACCGUGUUGGAAAACUGCCUAUUCCUGCUUUUGAGUCAGAAGGAACUCCGGGUACGGAACAGUUCCCGGUAAACGCUGCUCUCGUGUAACGACGUGAGAAAGGAAACCGUUCCAUGGCAGGCGACGGACGGGAAUGUAAACAUGCGACACUGGCAACUUGUUUCUGAUGAAUUCCCCACGCGUGUGCACGAAUGAGUGUGUGCGGAGGAGAGUGGCCACCCCGCAAUUCCCACGCGCGCCUAUAAUAACGCGCCGCGCAUGGACGCAGCACACUCGGCCGCCGGCGCGCGCUGACCAACAGACCCAAGCGGAGCGCUCUUAAUCAGCUUUAACACUGAAACACCGAGCAGGCAGAAAGUGAGUUUCUUUUCGCACUCUGAGGUCAACCCGCAGGAGAACACUGCUCGGAACCGUGCGUGCUCAUCGGUGCACCGCUUUGUGUCCUCUAACGAUGCGCGCGCUCCGAGUUGUGCUCGUCGUCAUGGGGCUCGCGCUGUGCAUGUGCGCCGCCGCGCGUGGUGGCGAGAGCGAGAGCGCGAGCGCGUGGGCGGACACGGACAGCACGCGGAGCUACCACAGCCUGUUCGCGCGGAUCUUGAAGAUGGUGCGCAGCGCGGAGGACGGCGGCGGAGAGCUCGCGCAGGUCACCGCCGAUAACGAGAGCAAGCAUCAUCUACAGCAGACGAAGAGCGGGGACCAGAUCCUGGAAAUCUUUCCCAGGGACCUCAGAAAGAAGGAGAAGUUUCUAAAGCACUUAACAGGGCCUCUGUACUUCAGCCCGAAGUGCAGGAAACAUGUCUACAGGCUCUACCACAACACCAGAGACUGCACCAUUCCUGCAUAUUACAGGAGAUGUGCGCGGCUUCUCACUCGGCUAGCUGGGAGUCCGAGGUGCCUAGAGAGCUAACUUCAACCAGGUACUUUUUUGCAGGUUCAAGCCAAACCACAGGAGGAAGGGAAAAAAAUCGCCAAGUGCCUUUUGGACAAGACCAAGCUUCAUCGUUCCAUCUAAUCAGCAAAUCAAGUCCAGGACACGACUUCGCUGCUGCAGAAGUCACACGGACAGACAGACAGACAGACAGAAAGAACAGAUGGAGCACCUCAUGGAGAUGAUGGUGGAGAAAAAUGGACUUAUUCAUCAUAAACUUGUCUGAGAUGCGAACUCAACGGAGCUACAUCAAAAUGCUUUGAACUUACACAGAAUCUGAUGAAAUUCCUUGUUCCAAGAGAAAAGGAUUGCCUUGGGUUUAUAUUUUGUCCUGAUAAGAUAAUGACACUCUCAAUGUCAUUAUUUCGCCAUUAGUGACUUUAUAGUGUGGCAAAAAAAAAAAAAAAAAAAAAUGGUGUUUAUUUC